AGUCAUUUUUAAAACCCUAAAACCCUCGCUCUCCCUCCCACUCGCCCUUCUCUCUGUCUCCGACCAAAUCCUAACAUCCGAAGACACCUUCGAACAUGAAGCGGAAACCCGAGGCGGAGCCUAUGGCGAUAUCCCUAGAAACCCACGAGGAACGCGAGGAGGAAGAAGACGACGGCGACCAAGAAACCCUAGAGGGGUCCGGCGACGUGUGCGGCGCCCUCAUGGGCCGCUACGCCAAGUCCUCCGCGCCGCAGCACCGCCACCUCUGCGCCUCCGCCGCCGCCAUGCGCGCCAUCCUCCAGGAGGAGGGCCUCCCCCUCACCCCCUCCGCCUACUUCGCCGCCGCCAUCACCGCCCUCCGCGACUCCUCCUCCGCCCACGACCCCGACGCCGCCUCCGCCCUCGCCGCCUUCCUCUCCAUCCUCCUCCCCCUCCUCCCCGCCCCGUCCCUGCCCCCGCCCAAGGCCAAAGACGCCGCCUUUGUCCUCGCCGGGUUCCUCCGGAGCUCCGUGCCCGGCGGGGCGGCCACGGGCACCGUACGCUCCAUCGUCAAGUCGCUGGGGUUCGUGGCGCUGCUCCUCGAUUUUGAGGAUUGGGAGGCCGUCGAAUUGCCGCUGGAGACGGUUCUCUUGCUUUCGGUGGAUCGACGUCCCAAGGUGCGGAGAUGUGCGCAAGAAUGUGUCGAGAAGAUCUUCAGAGCCUUGAAGGGUUCUGAUGUUGUCAAGAAGGCCAGCCUGCUUGUACUCCGUAUGUUUGAGAAGUACAUCCCACAGGCUGAAAAACUCGUCUCUAAUGAAUUCUCAGAUGCAUCUGCGGGUAAUUCAAACCCCGAAAUUGCGGGAAUCCUCUAUUUGCUAAAUCUCUUGGGACUCUUAGUCCCAAACCUCAACAAGAAAGUCCGAAUGAAGAUUUUGUCUGAAGCAUAUAAGCUUUUGCCUUGCCGUUUCAACAUGCUUACAAGACACAUUCUCAAACUUCUUGAGGCAUUAGCGGAACACUUAGAAAUUAAAUAUCUUGAUUCUGAUGCUGAGAACUUUAUUUUUGCUCUUACAUCAUUUAUAUCUUCUCAUGAGAAGAAUCCUAUGGAUACCACCGUAUCUGCACUAAAGGUGCUGAAAAAUAGCUUAAGGAAGCUGGAGAAUCGUCACCCUGGCAUGUGGAUGCGCACUCUUCCUGUAACUUUGGCUGCAGUUGCAGGAUACCUGCGUUCAGAUGUUGAUUCCUCUAAAGUGGUUGCACUUAUCUUGAAAGAUUGGAUUAGCUUCCAUAGCGACUGGAGAGUUUUUGUGACUGAUACAAAUCAGUCAUUGGAGGAAACUACAAUUUUAUCUAUUUGUUUAGUACUCGAUAAAAUGCUCAGCUUAUGUGACCUUCCUUCAGAGAAUAUGUUAAUGAUCAUUUCAGUUUUGUUCCUCAGACUUGGAGAGAGCUCUGACAUGUUUAUGAAGGAAAUUCUGAUUAAAUUAUCACAAUGGGCAAUGAAUGUAAACAAGGAAAAGCCCUUACUAAGGCAUAUUCAUGAAUGUAUUGGUUCUGCUGCAAUUGCUAUGGGACCAGAGAAAAUUCUUUCACUUGUACCUAUAACUUUUGAUGAGGAGAAGCUAACAUGCUCAAAUACCUGGCUUGUACCGAUAUUAAAACAAUAUAUGUUUGGUGCAUCAUUGCAAUUUUUCAUGGAGCAUAUUUUGCCUAUUGCAAAGUCUAUCAAAAUUGCAUGCAAUAAAGCUAAAAAAGUAUCAAACCAAAAACGCCUGCAGUCCUUUUAUGAUGACCUGUGGAGUUUGCUACCUGCGUUCUGCCACUAUCCCACUGACACAUCUCAAAAUUUUGGAUCCUUGGCCAAACUCCUUACGGCAGUACUUAAAGAGGAUCCAUCUUUGCAUCAAACUAUUGCGACAGCAUUGCAGGAACUAGUAAAAGGAAACAAACACUUACUCAGUGGAAAUCAGGACGCAAAUCUUGUGGACAUUUUACCUAGCUUCUCUUUGGAAAUUCAUGAUGUUAACUGCAGGGGCUUGCCUUACUAUUACUCCAAAAGAUUUGCACGUAAAAACAUGAAGGUGCUCGCCUCCAGUUCUAUGGAUUUGAUAUGGAUUCUCAUAGAUAUUUUCUCUGACUCUUCACCUGAAAAGCGUGGCUAUUUGAAGGAGACACUGCGAUGUUUGUUUUCGCUGAUUGGGAGUGCUGAUAUCCGUAGCUUGUUUCUCUCAUUACUAGAGAGAUUUAGCUUGUCAGGUACAAUAGGGGAAUCUGAUAAUCUGGAAGGUCAAAUUCCUCAAGUAGAACAAAAGGAAGAACAAACGGAAGCAACUGAAACAGAGAAAGAGAAAGAAAAGAUGUGUUUGGUGAUGGAACUUCUUUCAAUUUUUGUCGAAGCAGCUGACAAGGAUCUGAUUAGUUUAUUCUUUGACUUCAUUAAGUCUUCUUUGUUGGAUGGUAAUGAUUCUUGUCAAGCUGAAGCAUACUUAGCAUUGAGCAAAAUUUUGAAGGACCAUAGUUGGUUUUGUUUAGCUCAAGUUGAUGAAAUAAUGAUGCUUCUCCACGGUUUGAAGACAACCUUCAACAGUACAGCUCUAAAAAAUCGUUUAUCAUGUUUCCAGUUUUUAUUGGUUCACAUGUUAAAGAUCAAUGAGGAAGACAUAAAUACAAAAGCAUUUUUGAUUUUGAAUGAGAUCAUCCUUACACUAAAGUCUAAGAAAGAAUCUAGAAAAGUGGCAUAUGAUGCACUGCUGGCUACAAGUCACAGCUUGAAGAAUUCUCAGUCCGCCAAUAGAGAAUCGGAUCUUCAAAGGCUAUUUACGAUGGUUAUGGGCUACCUUUCUAGUCCGUCUCCUCACAUAAUGAGUGGAGCAAUAUCUGCACUUUCAUUGCUUAUAUAUAAUGAUGCUGAUUUUUGCCUAGCAGUGCCAAACCUGAUACCAUCAGUUUUAGUUCUGUUGCAGAACAAGUCUAAUGAAGUUAUUAAAGCAGCUUUGGGCUUCGUAAAGGUGUUGGUUUCCUCUUUGCGACCAGACAACCUAAAGAAUCUGCAAGCAGAUAUUAUUACCGGAAUAUUACCUUGGUCAUCUGUCUCAAAGCACCAUUUUAGGUCAAAGGUUGCAAUAAUCCUCGAGAUAUUGAUAAGAAAAUGUGGUUUUGAUGCUCUGGAUAUUGUUGUUCCUGAAAAAUAUAAGGGCUUUGUCAGAACUAUUGCAGAGGGGCGCCAGAGCAAAAAGAACCCCAUCGAAGCUGCUGAUUCUGAAAAAGCACCGGAAUCUACAGGGUCUGCUACAAAAAGAGCUAAGAAACCAGAUGGUCUAAAGCAGCGGCCGGUUGAGGCCACAUCUAAUAGGCGUUCAUGGAGUAUUAAGAAACAUAAAAAGAAUGGCUCUGCCAUGAAGGAAAACAAUCAGACUCGUGACAGCAAAGGAAGUAGAGGUCAAUCUAUAGAAAGGGCAAGUCGUUUUAAUUCCAGGAUUGGAUUCAAAGCACACCUGAGAAACAAGGAGAGUAAGAAUGAGAAAAAGAGUAUGAACAAGAAUGAGGAACGGAAGAGAAACAUUCGGGGGCCGAGGCGUGAUAAAGGCGUGAAUAAUACAUUACCACCUCCCAAAUCCAAUACCUCCUUCAUAUCCAAGAAAAGAAAACGUAGUACUUCAAAUUCAACAUAGAGCAGAGAACUGUAUGAAGAUUUGUGUGGUAAUUUUGAUACUGUAAUGCUCAUACCCCUGGCUAGGAGGUACUUGGGCGAGACAUCAAAGUAGAUCCACUGGUCGGCUGGUGUGGAAUCGCCACUGCAGCCCAUAGCAAGGGUGCUAGAAAGAGGCACAAGAGAUCCAUUUAUUUAUUACUCUGAAGAUCUACCCAGAGAUUUUCCGACUAUCAUCGCCUCUGCGACAGUUUUGAUUCGGUCGGGCCACAGCUUGUUCCAUAUAUUAUUACAGUUAGCGAUGCAUUGCAAUUUUGAUUAGUUUGCCUUAUAUCUGUUGUGAAGGGGGGAAGGCAGGAGAAACCUUAUCUGAAGAAUGCAGUGUUGGAUGAUCAUACUGUGUCAAGAACUGUGAUACAUCCAAUUGGAGAACUUCUUUAUGUAUGGCAUUUCCAUUGUAUUAUUUUGGUCUGCGAAAUUGGUUUGAAGAACAAACAAGUAAUGUCUAUUAAUAUUUUUGGCUUAGGAAAAGUUUGAGGAUAGCAUCUUAUGCAAGUUCGAUAGUAAUAUCAUUCAGAAGACCGUCAACUUCGGACA